UAUAAAUUAGGGGUUAAUUUAAAAAUUGAGUUAAAGAAAGGAUUGGAUAGUAAGGACUUCCCUCUUCCCUUUAGCUUAUUAUAUAAUAUAUUUCGUGAAAAAUUUUUAAUAUUUAAAAAAACGCUCCGGCAUUUAAUAGAUAAGGGAUUUAUCCGGGUUAAUAAUUCGGCUAUUAGAGUCUCCGUCCUCUUUAUUUGGAAGUUAGACAAAGGUUUUUAUUUUUAG